AGAAAAAAGGGGAAAAAAAAACAACAUAAGAGGAAAAGAAAGAGAACAGAACGCACGAUGUUUCGGCUUCGCCAAUGUUGUCAUGUCAAUCAACGCAGCGUGAGCUGCCAAAGCUAAGCUACGUAGCUAAACAAGCAAGAAAUCCACAGUUCAAGUACCGAGCCGGCGCGUCCACUUCCAGGCCUCAGCCCGUCGUCCCUCAUUCGUCCGGCGUCGGUUUCUUCCCCGACCAGGCAUGGCGAGUUGAUUUUCCGGGGACUCGCAAUACGAGACCCUACUUGAACAGCGAAUUCGAUGCAAUGCGGGACCCUUAUCUAGUCCGGGAAAGUAUCCAGAGGGAGAUGGAGAAGCAGAAAAUACGGGAGGAGAUUAUUGCCUCGGAGGUUGCUCGGCGGCAGAUGCUCGAAGAUGAGGUGAGGAGGGAGUUGAUGUUGGAGCGACAAAUGGUGCUUCGGUGUGCCGGCGAUGGAUUGCCUUUUGACGGGAAAUCGGCAAUGUGGUUUGGCUUUAACCGAGGGCAUCCUGCUUUGCACCGGCUUGAAAACCGCGCCACGGAGGGUCACCUGGCAUUUGUUGGUCGUAAUGCAGCUGAUGUGUCACCAUUGCCAUUGAUUCGUUCUCCGGAAGCUAUACCAACUGAGAUCAAGCCUGAACUUAAUAAGGAUAGACUGAUUAUGCUGCCUAGACCGGAUCCAAAUCUCCCCGGAGCCAAAAGAAAAGCUUCAACAUCUCCAGCUGAUGCAGGUGAAUUGUCCACAUUUAGUCGAAAGAAGAAGACCAAGGAGGAGUGGACAUGUGCACUUUGCCAGGUCAGUGCCACGAGUGAGAAAGGUUUGAAAGAACAUCUCGAAGGGAAGAAGCACAAGAUCAAAGAAGCUUCUUUAGCUCAGAAGAUUGGCAAGGAAGGAAACACUGAAUCGAAAGUACAUCAAGAGCUUAAGGAUUCGAAGAAGCUUAGCGGGCUGAAAAUGGCACAGAAAUUGGAGAACACUGAAGGUUCGAGAAAGAACAAGAAUUUCCAGUUUUGGUGUGAGAUGUGCCAAAUUGGUGCUUUCUCCAAGACAGUCAUGGAGAGUCAUGAAAAGGGGAAAAAGCACAUUGCUCAUCUACGAGAACUGGGUCAAGCAGAAGAAGCUGGCUAUGCUGCCGUGGAAGAUCCUGAAAAGGACACACAGCAGCCAAAAGAGGCAACUGAGACAUGAGAAAUCAGAGACAGUCCGUGUGAGUGAUUACUGGGAAAUCUCGCCAUCGAUGACUUGCAUCUCGCCCGGUUCAAAUUCUGUAAAGUUCAUUCUAUUUAAUGAUCUUGUGAAUAAAAAUGAGCAGAGUUAUUACCUUGACAAUUUGCUCUAAUUUGGUGUAUUGAUUGGAAGCUGAUUAACAUUUAGAGACUUAUUUGUUAUUUCUCCGGA